AUGACACGAUUGGAUGUGAACGGGUUGUGUGCACUCCACAUUGGCAGGGAGCUUGUAAAUUGCAUGGAUGUUUCAUCGAAGUACCUGCUUUGGUGUGUCGAGGGCGGUAGAGCUGCAACGCUGCACAUGUGGGAAUCUCGCAGAGAGCAACCUUUUGCAGAGCCGCUGGUGGAGUUGGGCUUCACUCCCACCCUCAUCUCAUCUUUUGAAGAAAAAGUCGUCGUGGUAGGCGACAGAGUUGUGGCACUAUUCACAAUUGAAUGGUCGCCUUUUUGUCCUAUUGAUUUACUUGGAGAUGUAGAUGAGGAAGAAAGGGGGAAACCGAUGAUUACAGAAGAGUUCACGUGUAGCGAUAUCCCUGCAGAUGUGACGCACAUCUCGUGGGCUCCGGACGGAGCUACAGCCGCCCUUUCAUCACCACAACAACUUGUUUUGUUGGAUUGUCGCGUCGGAUACAAUAACGCAAAUCACAGUGCACAUAAAAUUCGGCCCUGUCUAACGGUUGAUUGCUGUCAUUGGUAUGGUGAUCCUGGUGCUGCCUUCACUGCAUUCACUGCGAGCCGACUCUUUCUAUUGUCUACUCGUAAUCAUCUUGUGAUGACUCGUUACGGCAACAGUGAUGUUUACGAUGACCACAAUGAUUCUAUCUUUAUUCAACUACAAAUUGAGAGGGAUGGCCACAUUAUUACACGGGCCCGUCGUGUUACAUGUUUUGAGGUUGGCGGCAGUGAAGAAGGAAAUCUUGUCGUGGGGCUUUCGGAUGGGACGGUGAAGCUGCUGCGGCAGGAUUCAAUGGAGGUUUUCUUCACUCUUGACGUUACGAAACAGUUGUACCGCAUGUCAAUCCGACCACCGCCGGGCAUGGGGGAGUCCGGUUUGGAGGUAUUGAGUGUAGCGGUUGGCCAUCAAUGGAUGGUGUUGAUGCGACCAGAUGCUUUCAUAUGCUACGAUAAGAAAUCUAUGGAUUUGCUUGAGGAAAAAACGGUGAUUCUCUCCGGUGAGAGGGCCGUGUUGUCAGCGUGCUCAGGUAACGGGUCAUGGUGCAUCUGGUCACCACAAAAUCAGGAGCUUCUUUAUUAUCGAGCUCCCGUACAGAUGUUUUUGGGGAAAGACAGCAAAUUUGAUGUUGUGCAUGCCCAAGGCCCACUCCCAUCACGCCUAUUGGAGCCGCUUUUGCUGCCGUUUCAACAGGAAACCAUUGCUGGAUUCAAUGGGAGAGGGGCUGAUAGGAAGAAAAAUAAAAAGAAGCUUGUGGCCGAGAGGCCGGUAACUUACGGUCAUCCUAUUAAAAGCAGUGGAUACGCAAGUGACGUGCCAUGGAGCGUCCAGCAGCAGCGUGCCAAGCAGGUGCGUGAAAAGAAUCGAAAAGGAGCCAGGCCUCUUCCUUCAGUUCCCUCGCCUUUAAGAUACAAAUCCUUGACGUUCCCUGGGCAUGCUUUUGAACCCAUGACAGCAGCAAACAAGAUCCUCUUGUCUUCACCCAUUCAUCGAGCUAUAAUCACGGCAGCAGUUUUCUCUGCUGGCGGGUCAGCGCUUUUGACAGCCUCUGGUGACACCACCGCAAACUGGUUAAAGUACCCUGUUGCGAAGAACGGGGGCGAAGGCACCUUGAUGGAGAUUCAUACCGGCCCAGUGAACACGAUUGACGUCAGUCUCUCCCUUAACGCACCUCUCGUCGCAACCGGAUCCUCAGAUGGCGCAGUGGCGAUGUGGCAACCCACAAAACGAGAAGCGCCUUACAUUGUGCAAAACGUUGGCAAGGAAGUAAGGGCUGUUAAGUUUUUCUACACGGACAAAUUUAUUUGUUACGCCGCCAAAAAUACAGUCUCCUUCUGCCGCUAUGCCUUGGAUGACGGUGGUGGUGAGCUGCAUCGAAAACGCAAUGAAUCCAAGAUGGAAUCUGUUUUAGAGUUUACUGCCGAUUCAGCUCAGCACGUGGUUGCUUUGGACGCGAUAAACUACUUUACUUCCAAUAUUAUGGUUUGGGCAGGAUCGAACAAGUCGGUUGGCAUCUACGACGUUUCUGUCGGGCAGAACAUCCACGUCAUGGAGGAGGCCCAUUUAAAUCCCAUCCACCAUGUUGCGAUGGUCACAUCCGGCCGUUACGCCUCGCCCAGUGCGAAUGUUUUACAUAUGUACUUAACAGCUGGUUUAGACACCACGGUGCGACUGUGGGACAUUCGCCAGCGGCGAUCCGUGCGGCAGUUGGCGCUUCACCGAAACACCGCAACUCCGGUUGGUGUGGCUUUUUCCCCCAACGGAGCCCUGGUGGCAGUUGGUAGCGAAAAUCGAAGGGUAUAUAUCUACGAUGUGGGUUCCGGCGCGGUUGUUGAUACAAUAGAUGUAGGUGAUACACCCACCGCCCUCAGUUGGCAUCCUUUGGAAAGUGUCAUCGCUGUGGGCUCGGCUGCAGGCUCCAUCAAACUGAUGGGGCAACGUUAA